AUGACUGAGUCAAAGCCUUCGUCUAACACCCUUGAGGAAUUCCUCGAAAAGAGUAUGGUGGACUACGAGAGUGACAUUGUCGCGUCGAGUGUCUAUGAACCACUUCCAGUUACGCCACCGGCGCGUGACACCACGCGCGUCGCGCUAAAUCCAUUCGUGGAACACGAGGAGGUACCUUGA